AUGCCUUUUGUUUCCUUUUGUUUUUUCUCAGUUUUCUUGGUAACCAAUCAGAAAAUUAGCUGAUUAGUUUUGGCUAUUUGUGUUUUGAGAUAUAUGCAUUAAGUGAUAAAGUUUUGUUAUGGGAAAGAAAAUGGCUUGUCAAGCUAUAGAGGCGUGGACAAUUAGUGAACUAGUCGGUGCAUAUCUUGAUCUUUCUAUAGCUUAUUUACUCUUAUGUGGAUCAACACUUGCUUAUAUUAUGUCAAAAUUUCUCGGUUUGUUUGGAUUGAGUUUGCCUUGUCCUUGCCAUGGACUUUUCGGUAACCCCAGUAAGAUUAAUUACAACAACUGCUUGCAAAGUCUGUUAGUGGAUUGCCCUCCAGAGAAAAUAUCUAAUGUUCAAUUCUUGGUUAAGACCAAGUUCCCUUUUGAUUCGGUGUUCGCGAAUAACUUGAAUCCCCAAUUGAAAAUAGAGAGAAACAUUGAGGGUAAAGCGUCAUGUGGCUCAUUUUCGCGAGAAGUGAUUGAGGGAGAAUCUCCUGUGGAAGAAGGAAGUUUUGAUGUUAAAGGGAAGGCGAUUACUAGUCGGAGUUUAAGUUCUGGUAUCAGGCGUCGCGAAAAUGCUUCUGCUGAUAAUGAUAAGUCUCCAUCAGUUUCAUCUCUUGAUCCAUUAUUGUCGGAUGAACAGGCUGUUCUGGGGUCUCCUGCCAGUGUUAGUAAAAUAGUAAAUGAGAUCACAGAAUGCAGCUCAGUUCCAGUUCAUGUGGGAAGUGAUAGUCUUGAUUACGAAAAGGGAGAUUUUAAGGAGGAGAUUGGUAUGCUUAAUGAAUUGAACGAACCUCUUGAUGAAAAUAAAGUAAAUGAGAAGGAUGUGUUACUUGUUCAAGAGUUCAACUACAAUUUGCAAGGGCAGCUGGAAUUUGAUGGCCUUGAUAAAGAUGCAAUUAGAAUUUUGGAACAAGCACUGGAAGAACAGCUUGCCGCUCGUUCAACUCUGUAUCUUGAACUGGAGAAAGAGAGAAGUGCUGCUGCUAUUGCAGCAGAUGAGGCCAUGGCUAUGAUACUUCGUCUACAAGAGGAGAAGGCAUCAAUUGAAAUGGAAGCUAGGCAAUACCAGAGGAUGAUAGAAGAAAAAUAUGCUUAUGAUGCUGAAGAAAUGAACAUUCUCAAAGAGAUCUUGGUAAGGAGAGAGAGGGAAAGGCAUUUCUUAGAGAAAGAAGUUGAAGCUUUCAGGCAAAUGUUUUUCGCAAAUGAGCAGUUGGAGGCUGAUAUGGAGGAUACAGCUUCCACACUGGAGUGCAAGGCUUCUUCCUCAUUAUAUUUUAAUGAGGAUCCAGCAAUGAUGCUACUGAGAAUUAGUAAAUCUUUUGGAGAGAAGAAAAAGAUUAAAGGUACAAAUGAUGUUCCUGAGAAUGAUGUUACAUCUACUGAGUCACAAAAUUAUACUCUCCCUUUAGGGAAAGAAUUACCAAUUCCAGAAUUGGUUGAAGAUACUGAAUCUUCAAAACUAGGAUACAUCCAUGGACAUCCCAGUUUUAACAAACGUUAUCAGCAACCUUCAAGAAAUAGUGAUGAAAUUUUUCAAGAUUUACAAGAGAAGGGGAUAAUGUCCAUGGACAAGAAUCCAAUUGAUCUACAAAGAGAGGUGCAAGCUGAUGACAACAGUUCAUCCCAAGGUUUGACAUCAAAGACAAUAGAGACUUGUGGUGCAGCUAAUAUUGGUUCUCCAUGUAGUGCUAGUAAUGUGGAGAAGCAUAAAAAACUUUCACAAAGCUUAGUCAAAACUGAAAGAGACCUUUGUGUUAACCAUGUGCCUGUCAUUGGCAAUGAGCUUGUUAUGUUUAAUGAAACUAGGGGAAACAAAAGUGAAGACCUGUCAAAUAAUGUCACGGUGGAUAUUCCUAUAUCAUGUGAUAGUACAACUAUAAAUAGCUCAGAAACUGCAACCGACAUUAAGAGAAGUAAAUCAGACAUAUCUAGUAGUAGAUUGCUGCAUAUGGGUUCCCAGCAGAGCAAAGAUGUGCUUUCCAAUUUGCGGAGAAAUUCUAUGUCUGCUUUAGAUUAUGAAAGGUUGAAAAUUGACAAUGAAGUUGGGUGGCUUACAGAAAGACUAAGGGUUGUGCAAGAGGGAAGAGAGAAGCUCAACUUGUCAAUAGGACGUAGGGACAGGGAAAAAGUUCAGUUGCAGCUUCUGGAGGAUAUAACAAUUCAACUUCAGGAGAUUCGACAGUUAACUGAACCUGGAAAGGCAGUACGUGAUGCCUCUUUGCCCCCAUUGUCAGCUAAGGUUAUUUUAAAGAAAAAGGCCAAAAGACGCACACAAAGUGUUUCUUUAGGUGAGCAAAGGAGCGCGUGAACAAAAUACAACAGGGACUGUAGGAGUUUCAGGGGAGCUACAUAUACUGCUUUGUACGUAUACAUGGAGGAAUCUUUGGUUAAUUAAGUCGUCACUUUUAGUUCUUUGGGUCUGGAUACUUGUUUGGCCUCACCAGUUCUCUUCAAACAUAUCACGUGAUGCCUAAGUUCUGCUGAGAGCUAAACUGUGGCGUUUUGAUCUCUUCUUUGGGUAGCCUCUUGAUGAAAGCCUUUGAAAGCAUGCAAUUUUGUUUUUGCCAUGGAGAUUUCAAGUUUCCGGCAGCUGGAGUGUGUGCUGGAGGAUGACAUAUGUAGGUAUACUACUUUGAUUAGCAGUGAUAGGAAUACGACUUCAACCGCGUAUUAGACAUUUUACUCGACCAAGUUUUUGAACUAUGAUUGCAAUAAAGAUGGAUUGUGUCAUGAUCACUUGUUUGUACUUGAUAAUUGUAUUAUUGCAAUUAUGUUAGUUGUACCGGAGAAUGAAAA